CCUCGUUUUAGAUUGCUGGGGAGCGGCAGAAAGCCGCUCCAAAGGCUUGGUGUACUCCCGAGAACCCCGACUCAACUCCGAUCAACUUAUUGAUUCUUGGAAACCCUCGUUCUCUCUCGUACGUGCAUAUAUGGCGGGGAGGAGGAGAGGCCGAAUUGGCGGCGGGGUGGAGGUGCUGGACUCGAUCUACUCUGUGGUCGCCCUCGUCUUUAUCCUCGUCGCCUGCGUCGAGCUCGGCGACGCCGCCACGGCCGUCGAUGUCUACCGCCUGAUCCAGUACGAUAUCGCCGGCGUGCCCUACGGAUCUCGCCUCGCCGGCCUCAAUCACCACGCCGGCGCUUCUUUCUUCGCUCCCGGCGCCGAUCUCUCCCGAACCGUCGUCAUGAUGCCCGUCCGGGAGCUCAACCUCACCUUCCUCCGAGAGUACAUAAUUAGUAACCAGCCAUUGGGAGGCUUGUUGCUUUUGCUUCCUGAAAAGGUUGGCAACAGGAUUGUUGGGAAGAUCAAGAGCAAAGAUGAUGGGCUCAUGAGAAACAUAUUGGUUGAGUUAGAACAAUUGCUCAUACAUGCCAACAUACCUUAUCCAGUUUAUUUUGCAUUUGAGGAUGAUAAGAUUAAUGCUGUAUUAGCUGAUGUCCGGAGAAAUGAUGCUACUGGCCAACCUCCCAUGGCAACCACUGGCGGCUACAAGUUGCUUGUCUCAAUACCAGAGCCUAAAAGAGUAUCAUCUCCAACAAUAACGAACAUUCAGGGAUGGUUGCCAGGACUGAAAGGAGAUGGAGAUACCAAUCAACUGCCAACAAUUGCUGUAGUUGCAUCAUACGAUACUUUUGGUGCUGCUCCAGCACUUUCUGUGGGAAGUGAUAGUAAUGGGAGUGGAGUUGUGGCUCUUUUGGAGAUAGCAAGACUGUUCUCACGUCUUUAUUCGAAUCCAAAGACCCGUGGGAGAUAUAACCUUCUUUUUGGGUUAACAUCUGGUGGACCUUAUAACUAUGAUGGAACUCUGAAGUGGCUUAGGAGUUUUGAUCAACGAUUACGAGAGAGCAUUGAGUACGCCAUAUGCUUAAAUAGUAUUGGUUCCUGGAAAAAUGAGUUGUGGAUUCAUGUGUCCAAGCCUCCAGAAAAUGCCUACAUAAAACAAGUUCACGAAAGUCUGUCAGAUGUUGCAAACGAGCUGGGAGUUACAAUUGGAAUAAAGCACAAGAAGAUAAAUAUCUCAAACCCACGAGUUGCCUGGGAGCAUGAGCAAUUUUCAAGGCUAAGAAUAACUGCUGUUACUCUUUCUGAGCUUUCUGCAGCACCUGAAUUACUUGAAAGUACCGGAGGGCUUCAUGACACAAGAGAUUCAUUGGAUGAAGCUGCAGUCUACAGAACCAUCAGAUUAGUAGCAGAAAGUCUUGCGAAGCAUAUUUAUGGACACCAAGGCAGGAACAUUCAAAUUUUUGCAGAUAAUAGUAGUUUGGCUAUAAACCCUUUUUAUAUAAGCGCAUGGUUGGAUCUUUUGUCACGGGCACCUCGAGUGGCACCCUUUCUCUCCAAGACUGACCCAAUUAUCUCUUCAUUGAAAAAGGAAUUAUCCGAUCAUACAGUUGAGCUGCAUGUACAGCAUGAGACCAUUGAUGGGAUGUUCAGUUUUUAUGAUUCUACAAGGGCAACACUUAACGUAUAUCAGGUUGCAAGUGUUGCUUUUGAUCUACUUUUACUGCUAGCGCUGGGAGCAUAUCUGAUUCUUCUCUUCAGUUUCCUUGUUCUCACCACACGGGGCCUUGAUGACCUGAUCAAUCUGUUCCGGAGGCCUCCAUCUAGGAAGGUCAAGGCAGCAUGAGCUUUGUAGUCUUCUUAAUUUUUUCCACAAGGACAGCAGCCAACAUUUAGUGGAUUGUAAAUUAUCUUUAAUUGAGACAAAUGGUUCAAUUUAUCAUUCCGGAAUCUUUUAACUCUAAUGAAAAGAAAUUUUGGCUACAAGUAUCAUU